AUGUCGGACUCGGAGGACGAUAAGCCACUUGUGGGUAUGUUUUACCAGCGAUGCGAUCCCAUGCCUGGAGGGCUGGAUUUGGCUUCAGGCUUCACAUCCCUCGGCCCUGUUACUCGGUCAAUUUUUGCAUACUUCUUUCUCAACAUGGGCCUCUGCCGUCACCUCACAGGCCUCUGCAUCUUUACACAUGCUAGCUCAGCACAUACUUGACUUCAUCCAAUUUUCUCUUCUCUUUCAAACAUACCGCAACUUCACGUGCCUCAUCACUAACACACUUCUGCAACAGCCAAGUCCAAACCGAUUGUCUCAGAAGCCGACAUGUCCAACGGCAACACGCCGAGCAAAGGCACUGCUUUGCCUGGCAUCAGCAUAGCCAAUGGGCCCGUCGAGGAGAUGGAUAUUGAUAAGCCCAUCACCAAUGGCGUCAAGAAUGGCAUCACGAACGGCAAGCGGAAAGCCUCACUAGCCAAUGGCAAGAGCUACAAGGACGAGAGCGAUUCCGACGACGACGUGCCCCUGCAGAAGAAGCGUAAGACCGCAGCCGUCUCAGACGAUUCCGAUGAUGAACCUAUCGUAAAGAAGAAAACAUCGCUGCCACCCAAAGUGACUGCAGCUCAAGUCGGCGAGGAAUCGGGCGACGAACCGAUUAUCAGCAAGUUGCAGAAAGAGAAAGCUGCCAUCGAGAAGAAGGCCGAGAAGGAAGCGAAGGCGAUUCGGAAAGGCGAGGCCGCCGACGCGAAGAAGAAGGCCAAGAAGGUGGAGAGCGAUGACGAAGACGACGUACCUCUUGCCAAGAAGAAGGCUACGGCCAAGCAGCAAGCAAAGAAAAUCAAGAAAGAGGAGUCGGACGACGACGACAAGCCUCUGGCGAAGAAGGCAAAGAAAGCCGCACCUGCAAGGAAGACUACUGUCAAGAAGGAAGAGACACCAGCGAAGAAAGGCAAAGGCAAAGUCAAAGAGGAGAGUCCAGAGGAAGGUGAGGACGAGGAAGAAACAUACGAGUGGUGGAAUGAUCCGAUGAAGAGCGACGGCACAACCAAAUGGACGACGCUCGAGCACAAUGGUGUCGUGUUUCCACCAGAGUAUGAACCUCUGCCAAGCAACGUCAAGAUGCUUUACGACGGGGUGCCAGUGAGCAUGCACAAGGAUGCCGAAGAGAUCGCACAUGGUUUUGGAAGCAUGCUCAACUCAGAGCACAACGUGCAGAAUCCAACCUUCCAGAAGAACUUCUUCGCCGACUUCAAGGAGAUGCUUGACAAGACCAGCCACGCCAAAGGUCCAGACGGCAAGACAGUCAAGAUUACCAAAUUCGAAAAAUGCGAUUUCAAGCCGAUCUUCAACUAUGUCGAUGCUGAACGUCAAGCCAAGAAAGCGCUACCAGCUGCCGAGAAAAAGAGACUGAAAGCCGAAAAGGACGAGCUGGAGGCUCCUUACAUGUACUGCAUGUGGGAUGGCCGCAAGCAGAAAGUCGGCAACUUCCGCGUCGAACCGCCAGGCCUCUUUCGCGGUCGUGGCGAGCACCCGAAGACUGGCAAGUGGAAGAAGCGCGUACAGCCAGAGCAGAUCACCAUCAACAUCGGCAAGGAAGCUAUGGUGCCAAAACCGCCGGAGGGCCACAAGUGGAAGGAAGUCAAGCACGACCAGGAGGGCACUUGGCUGGCCAUGUGGCAGGAGAACAUCAACAACGCGUACAAGUAUGUCAUGUUGGCGGCGAAUUCCGACGUCAAAGGCCAAAGCGACUUCAAGAAGUUUGAGAAAGCUCGCGAAUUGAAGAAGCAUAUCGACAGGAUCCGCAAGAACUACAACAAAGAGCUCAAAUCGAAAGUCAUGGCUGAGCGUCAGCGCGCAACCGCAGUCUACCUCAUCGACCAGUACGCUCUUCGUGCUGGCAACGAGAAGGGCGAAGACGAAGCCGACACUGUUGGUUGUUGCUCGCUCAAAUUCGAGCACAUCACACUGUCGCCGCCAAACAAGGUGGAGUUCGAUUUCUUGGGAAAGGAUUCCAUCCGCUUCAACGAGAUCAUGGAAGUCGAUCACCAGGUCUUCAAGAAUCUAGGCCUGUUCAAGAGACCGCCAAAGAAAGCCGGCGACGAGAUCUUCGAUCGGCUUACGACUUCAGGGCUCAACAAGCACCUGGCACAAUACAUGCCAGGUCUCACGGCCAAAGUCUUCCGUACUUACAAUGCCUCGUAUACGAUGUCUCAACUGCUUCAAGAGAUGAAAGCUGAGGGCACCAUUCCCGAGAAGGUCAAGGCGUACAAUGAUGCGAAUCGCAGGGUGGCCAUCCUCUGUAACCACAAGCGCACAGUUGCUGCAAGCCACGAGCAAACUAUGGAGAAGUUGGAGGAGAAGAUCAAUGGUCUUCGCUACCAGCAAUAUCGAGUCAAGCAAAUGAUGCUCGCCUUGGAACCCAAGCUCAAGAAGAAGAAAGGCGAGGCUUUCUUUGCACUGCCUGAAGGUCUUAACAAGGAGUGGCAAGAGGCUCAUCACAAGGCUCUCGUCGAGGCGGAGCAGCAGAAGAUCGAGAAGAAGUUCAACAAAGAGAACGAGAAGCUUGCUGCGGAGGGCUCCAAGGCAAUGAAACCGAAGGAGCUCGAGGAGCGAAUGGAGGUGGCGAAGGAACUGGAGGCGAAGCUCAAGCAGGAACUCAAGCGCGGUAAAGUCGAGCCUGAGGGCAAGGCAGCUUCCGUCGACAAGUACGAAAAGGACAUCGAAAAGCUGGACGCCCGCAUUGCGAACAUGAUGACGCAGGCCGAGGACCGCGACAACAACAAGGAGGUCGCCCUGGGCACUUCCAAGAUCGUAAGUGCCCGAAGCCUGCACGAUUGCAUGAAGGAGCUAACAUUCCGCAGAACUACAUCGAUCCUCGUCUCACCGUCGUAUUCUCGAAGAAGUUUGAUGUGCCCAUCGAGCGCUUCUUCUCGAAGACGUUGCGGGAGAAGUUCGAGUGGGCCAUCAAGUCGGUCGAUGGCGACUGGGAGUUCUAA